GACGAUAACAGCCUAGCUAAUCUGUGAUGUUCUCCCGAGCUUUAUAUUUCUCAGAGAAACGUGUGAAGAUGUGGGGGAAGUUAUCGCUGACCUACAGACAGUCUGCAGUCUGCACUGAGUAUGUUUUAUCAGACUCAUCAAAUGUCAGGAAGUCUUCACACACCCAUUUUAUGAGGUAGGCAGGUGUGUCACAUCUCUUUGAAUCAACGCUGACGUUUGCCAGAUUAAACACACAUCUACAUACAAUUUGACCGCAGAAGGAGGAUAUAUCUUGCAGCUGAAGGGCAGACACAUCAGAGGACGGUAUCAGUCUCUUCCCGAUGGCCGCAGCACGCUUCCCUGGGAAGAGUGUGGAAGUGUUGGCCAAUAACUGGACUGCUCCUGUGUUGGGCCGGCCGCUGUGUGUUAAUGGGACACCAUGGAUCCUGUACUUGCUGGAGGAGUGUGUGGAUAAUGUGUGGGAGUACUGCAGUGUGGUGAUAGGACUCAUAUCCAUGUUCUGUUUCCUGCUGUCUUUUUUGCCUCAGGUCUACGAGUCAUAUCGGAACGGUAAAGUGGAGGAGGCCAUGUCCUUUGGAUUUCUCUUUUUCCUCUUCAGUGGAGACCUGACCAGCUUUGCAGGCUGCUACCUCACCAGUCAGCUGCCUAUUCAAAUAGUCACAGUGGUGUUCUACAUCUUCACAGACCUGAUUCUCAUCUCUCAGUUUCUCUACUAUAAGAUCAAGAACAGCUCCAGCAGAAAGAGCCCUGUGUUGAAGUGGCUGUGCUUCAUGUGGUGUGGUGCUGCGACAUUAGUCCUCCUGACUUUACCCAAGUUCAUCAUAGACAAUAGUACAACCUUAGACACUCAGAGUCCAGCUACCUCCAAAUCAGUGGAAAUUACUGGCUACACAUGUGGAUACCUGGCUUCUGUCUUCUACCUCUCCUCCCGUUUCCCCCAGCUCUAUAAAAAUUUCCAGCGACAGUCUACAGAGGGAACCUCCUACCUGUUGUUUGCCCUGGCCAUGAUGGGCAAUGGGACGUAUGGGUUAAGCGUCAUAGUGGUCCUUCCUGCUCUGAGGGGCUCCAAACAGACCUUCAUCAUCAAACAUCUGGCCUGGCUCAUUGGCAGCUUGGGAGUCCUCAUACUCGACUUCUUUGUGACUGCCCAGUUCAUCAUUUACAAGAAGAACAACUCUGCUAAAAGCAGAGCACUACACAGUGUCCCAGAGGUGGAACCUCUUCUAUGUGAGGAAGAGGAGCUGUCGGUGUUGUAG